CACUGAAUAGACAGAAAAAUUGAAGGCAAAUUAUCUUCCACUUACCAUAAGGAAGAAAGCUAGCCAAGGUGGCCCACGUAAGGAAGAAAUAGGAAGAGCGAAUCUUCUAUGAUAUUUCUCUGCAACAAUGGAAAAAUAAGCGGAUAGCCGUGAAGUAAAUACUGGGGCAAAAAGUACUUGGAGCAUUCAGAUUAUUUUACAAGUUCUUUUCAGUAAAGUAUAAUGCCGCGUAGGUCUGUCGCCAAGGGAAAGCGCAACGAGUGGCUCAAACAAGAAGAUACAUAGAAAUAGAAGGAAGACCUUGACUUCCAAAGCAAACUUGUUUAAAUUCGAUUGAAAGAUUGGUCUGGAAAUGAUCACUAUAACACAUUAUUAUCAAAACCGAAAAAACUAAGCUCCAUGAUGGCUUCAUCUGUGAGGAUCACUGCCCUUGUUCUUUCUUACUGUGUUACAACUGCAGUUGUUGUGGUUGCGUUUGUUUCAGGUACUUUGGUUACUGGUCCGACCGUGUUAGCCCCUGCAUCCUCGCUAGAGUUCGAAGCACAAGCUCUCCUCCGUUCUGGUUGGUGGAGUUGGUAUAGCAAUGACACUACAAAUCGUUGCGACUGGCAAGCUAUAUCAUGCAAUAAAGCUGGAAGCAUAACCCGUAUUCAACUUGUUGGAUGGCCAAUCGGUGUUGAACUCGGAAAAUUCAAUUUCUCUUGCUUCCCAAACCUUGUUUAUCUUGAUCUUGCUUCCUCUGAGGUUACUGGCGGCAUCCCACCUGAAAUAGGUGCUUUAUCAUCACUCAAGUACCUCGACCUGUCGAACAAUUUUCUAACAGGUGAGUUACCAUGCUCUCUUGGAAAACUUACUCAAUUAAAAGAGCUAUCUUGGGGGAACUAUUUUGAAGGUCCUAUCCCCCUUGAAUUAGGAAACUUGAAGAGUUUGUUGUCUUUGACAAUGACGAGUUGCAACAUUACCGGUCUUAGCCCUUUUACCCUGGGUAAUUUAACCAAUUUGGAAACCUUUGAUCUAAGCAAUAACCAUAUUACUGGUCACAUCCCUUCUACUCUGGGUAAUUUAACCAAUUUGAACAUUUUGGACCUAAGCCAUAAUCAUAUUACUGGUCCCAUCCCUUCUACUUUGGGUAAUUUAACCACUUUGAUACUAUUGGACCUAAGCUAUAACCGAAUCACUGGGCCAUUCCCUCCUUUGAGUGGUUUAAUUGAUUUGAUGAAUUUGUACCUUCAUUCAAAUCUUUUGCAAGGUCCAAUCCCUCGUGAAGUUGGAAAUAUGAAGAAUCUAGUAGAUUUAAAUAUUUCGUUCAAUCUUUUGGACGGUCCCUUGCCCAAAUCAAUGGAGAAUUUAAAAGCUUUAAGAUACCUGGACCUCUCCGAAAACAAAUUGAUUGGACCUCUUCCAUCUCUAAUUUGGGAUUGCUCAAAUUUACAAACAUUGUCUUUGAGAAACAACCAUAUAAAUGGAAGCAUUCCCUUUGAAAUCUUCGAUUGUCCUCGCACUCUUGAUCUAAGUCAUAACUUCAUCCAGGGAGAAAUACCGCAUCUUGAUCACUUGGAUUACUUGAGAGUUUUGGAUCUCAGCCAAAAUAAUCUGAAGGGCAUAAUUCCUGAAUCUUUCAGGUCUUUGAAUAGCCUUAAUCUGUCAUAUAAUUCUCUAGAGGGUCCUAUUCCAGACCACUUGAGAUACUUAACAGUUUUGGAUCUCAGCCAUAAUUAUCUAACGGGCACAAUUCCUGAAUCUUUCGAGUUUCUCCAGAGCCUCAAUCUGUCAUAUAAUUCUCUAGAGGGUCCUAUUCCUGAUUACUUGAGUAAUUUAUUUGCUCCUAAGUCAUUUUUGGGCAACAAGUAUUUGUGCGGAAACAUAACAGGUUUCCCUCCUUGCCCGCCUCCCAUUACUACAACAACAGCAAGCAGCGAGGUAAAAAUGGCUAAAAUCAUCGUUCCAAUUGUCGGUUUUUUAGCCAUCUUGUCUUCAGGAUUUUUACUCUGCCACAGAUGCAGAGCAAAAAACAGCAUUUCUGAUCUAGAUGUCACUAAAAAUGGAGAUAUAUUUUCAAUAUGGAACUUUGAUGGAAGAAUUGCUUUUGAAGACAUCAUUGAGGCGACAGAGGACUUUGACAUCCGAUAUUGCAUUGGCACAGGUGGUUAUGGUAGUGUUUAUAGAGCACAAUUACCAAGUGGAAAGAUUGUUGCCUUAAAGAAACUUCACCGUUUAGAAGCAGAGGUACCAGCUUUUGACAGGAGUUUCAGGAAUGAGGCAAAACUAUUAACAGAAAUACGGCACAAGAACAUUGUGAAGCUUCAUGGAUUUUGUCUCCAUAACCGUUGCAUGUUUUUGAUUUAUGAAUACAUGGAGCGAGGGAGCUUAUUUUGUGCCCUUACAGAUGACACUGAAGCAGUGGAGUUGGAUUGGAUCAAAAGGGUGAAAAUAAUCAAAGAUACAGCAUGUGCUUUAUCUUAUCUGCAUCAUGAUUGCCAUCCUCCAAUAGUUCAUCGAGACAUAUCAAGCAAUAACAUAUUAUUGAACUCAAAUCUGGAGGCUUAUGUCUCUGAUUUUGGCACAGCUAGACUCCUUGACCCUGAUUCAUCCAAUCAAACAAUGCUUGUUGGAACCUAUGGAUAUGUUGCACCAGAACUUGCUUAUACUAUGGUUGUAACUGAAAAAUGUGAUGUCUAUAGCUUUGGAGUAUUGGCACUAGAAACACUCAUGGGAAAGCAUCCUGGGGAACUCUUGCUAUCACUAUCAACACCAUCUUCCAAAAAUAUAAUGCUGAGUGAUAUAUUGGAUCCACGCCUAUCACUUCCAAGAAUUCGAAGGAUUGAACAAGAUAUUAUUUUUGCCGCCACAAUUGCAUUUGCGUGCUUAAGGUUGAAGCCAAAGUCCCGGCCAACAAUGAAGCGUGUGUCUCAAGAGUUUCCUUCUCGGAAUAGACCAUCAAUGGAGCCUCUCCAAGCAAUCUCUAUGUUGCAACUCAAGGACCAUGAACUGUAUCUGGAUGGUGAAGGCAAGAUUCCAUCUCAUAAUUCAGGCCAAGAUGGUGAAAUCCAUGUCAUUUCUUCAACUUAAUUUUCAUGUCUGUUAUUUGGUCUCUUCACUUUCUGUCUUUUCCUUCGAUGUCAGAGGUUUGUCAAUUCUGAUAUUGUAAUUCUGCAGUUCUGCUUAUUGUCCUUGGUGUCUUUGUUCUUGCAAAUCUGAACCUUGACUGCAUAUUGUUAUUGUCAAUAAUUCGAGCUGUGACUGGUGAUUGAGAAACCAUGUCCUGUUAAUCACUCUUACCAAAGUUUGUUGGAAAUGAUCGAAAUUCCAAACCAGUCUUCUGAUCCAUAGAUUUAAAAACAAAUUAAAGACCUACCAUUUAGAUUCAUCUGGGAUCAUGAUGCAUGGGAGCUAGGCUAAUUCAACUUUAGUUCCAUAUCUAAGAGCCCAUACCAAAUUUUCUUUGCAACCAUAGAUGUGAAAAUCUUGGUAAAUGCCUUGAAAACAUCAAUAUGGUUCUAAUAUCCUAAUAUGGACAAUCAAAAAUUGCAGUCUUCAAACCAGAAGUGCAUGGAAUAUCACCGUAUAUUUGUAAAACUAAAGUAAAAUUGAUGCUGUAGUCAUCAAAGAUAUCCGCAGUGGUUUUCAAAAUAACCUGGGACAAUUAGUGAUAACCACUCUUGUUUCUAAAUAAUUAAAAAUGACCAGCAUUACUAUUUCCCCAAGCAUGCACAAAUGGUCAUCUUAAGACUUAAUGCAUUCAAACUUCGAA